CGGGGUGUAUGAGUGUGUGUCUGUGUAUGUGUGUGUAUUUGUGUUUGUGGGAAGGGGGUUGGGGGCUGGCUCACAGCAGCCACUCCACUGGCAGGCUGGCCGGCGGGUGGGCGGGCGGUCAGGGAUUCCGAGGCUAACGCUUCGCCCGAGUCCCGGCGCUCCGGGCAUUGCCCGUGGCCUGGAUGCCCUGCGUCCGGACCCUCCUGUGUAUCCUGGCCACCCUGGGCGCCUGUGGCGCGGUCGCCUUCCUUGGCUACUGUGUGUACUUCGACAAGAAGCGGAGAGGCGAUCCCGAAUUCAAGCGGCGGUUGCGGGACAAAAGAAGAGCAGAGCAGCAAAAGGCUAAGGAACGGGGUGUGCAGGCUCGAGAAUCUUUGAAGAAUGAAAAAUUACAAGAAUUCUUUCUCCAAGAGGUCCAAAUGGGAGAACUUUGGUUAUCCAGAGGUAUGAUUAUAAUCACUUUUUUGGGUGAACACAAAAUGGGAGUUGAACAUCUCACCAAUGCCAUUUUAGUAUGUGGGCAGCCACAGAAACUUCUGCAAGUUUUUAAACAAACGCUGCCCCCUGUGGUGUUUGAUAUGCUGAUGCGCAAACUACCCUUGAUAUGCCAGCAAUUUGAGGCAGAAAUGCAUGAACAGGAAUGCCUUGAGGAUGAUCCUGAGUGAAAAAUAUUUCAGCUCUGUAUCCAGAUAAGAUUCCAGUGGAUACUAUGGUAAUUCUUAGUAUAAACAGCUGCUUGUUGAUAAAAAUAUGAACUUAAAUGUUGCCACUUUACUUUUGGUAAUAAAAAUAAUUUUUAUGUUAUACAUGAUUAAACACAUACUUUGCUUUAAAAGUAACAGUCACAAUUGAAGAAACAAUGGUUUAUUUUGCUAAUCAAGUGGCCAGGCUGUUGAAAUUGUAAGGCCCCAACACAGACUGCAUCUUAAUAUUUUCACUGCACAAUAAGACAAGAUCCUGUACUUUGCUGAUUCCAGGUAAGAAGCACAUUUGUUUCUUCAGUGGUUUCCACUUGCAAAAUGCUCACAAUCAGCUGGUGAAAAUAUCCACAA